GAGCAUCGACUUUGAGAUGGAGGUGAAGGUCGUGGUGGACAGCGGCAAGUGUGUGCUGCACACGCGCGACAGCCACGAUGAGGACAUCACGAAGAGGUCUCAGCAGCCGUACAAGUGGGAGAGAACAUACUCUGACGACACAUCAGACCUGCAGUCGAUCUCGCGACCUGGGUCGCCGCGCAAACGACCGAUGAUCGUGAAGCAGGGGUCGGGGUCAUCGUCAGCGAAGGGUCAGGUGUGCCUGCAGGAGUCCGCAGUCUUCUACAUACCGGGUCUCGAUGUCAAGGUGAACUACAAUUCGAAGACGAGUGACGCCGCCGCCGCAACGACGGCCGUGAAGAAAGCUAACCUGUAUGCGUGGGUGAGCCUGCAGACCGUCGAAGAGACGUUCGUCAGCCCCACCGUGCUCGACUUCCUAGAGCAGGCCUUCGACACCGUAUGA